AUGGUGCUGGGCCUCGGCGGCAUCGUCUACGCCGGGCUGCUGCUCGUAAACGCGAUUGCAAUCUUGAACGAGGAGCGCUUCUUGGCUCGAGUCGGUUGGUCAGCCAACCAAGUGCAAGGCUUCGACCAGGGCUAUGGGCACCCGCAAGAUGCGAGCAUCAAGGCGCGGCUAAUCAGUCUCAUCAGUGCAGUUCGGAUGCUAUUAAGGAUACCGCUGAUCGUCGUCAAUACUGUCGUCAUCAUAUACGAGCUGAUACUGGGAUGA